CACACACACACACACACACACACACUCUUCCUCCUCAACCGACUCCCCUGCCUCCAUUUUCCUCAGUUCUAUCUUCCAACCGCCAAUCUUCCCUCGCCUCCCUCAUUUCCCGGUAUCGGACUGGACAUCUCCGGCGUGCUCUCCGGUAACCGUUUCUUACUUCUCUUGAGUUUUCGGCGUCUUUUCUUUCUGUUUAUUUCACCAAGAAUAGCAGUUGGAGAGUUCUUGAGUUGGUGAAAUCAUGCUGUAAGGAAUCAUAAAAUUCUCCAUAAAAACCCGCGGUCGAAAUGAGUAAGGAGCUGAGUCCAUGUGUUUGUUUGUUUUCUUGACUGGUUGAUUUUUGGGGUUCGGAUCGGAAAUCUUUUUGCCGACCUGUUUUUUCAUCAUCACUAACAAUUUGGGAUUUAGUACUCGAAAGCAGGGCAUCUUCUUGACGUCAAGAACAGAGUCCAUUUUUUGACUGUCUGGUGGAAGGAAAGAAAUCUCACAUUUCCAGCGGUGGGGAAGUUCAAUCCCUCACGCACAGGUUUCUCUCUCCAACCGAUUUCUGUGAAGAUGUACCUUACAUUUUGGUCAUAACAAGUUUUUUUUAGUGAUUAUUUUAUUCUCGGCCUCGCUUGAUAUUUGGCUACUUUGCACACAUUUUGUUGUUUAUCCCCAAUGAUAAGCGUUCAUUAGGCAUCUGAAAUUCUGAAUUCCUUUGGCUUUAAUUUGCUGAUUCUGUUUGGGGAUUUCGGUAAUGCAUUUGGGAUUUGUUUCCGGUUUGAUUUCCAACCGGCCCACCUUUCAUUUAAUGCUUAUUCAUCCAAUUCUUUUGUGCUUUCUGUGACACUACUGAAUUCAUACAUUUGUUGUUCAUCGGCCUUAAAAGAAAACAUGUCCAUUUACUCGAUCGCUUAAGUUAGUUUAUUCAGCUUGAUGAUUACCAUCAUUGAAGUAUCUUCAAUUUCAUGACCAUUAAUUAAUAACUGGUUCGGUUGAUUGGCACAUCUGGGAUUAGUACUAAAAGAAUCUGUUUUUGUUUAUGAACAGAAGUUUGCCAUCAGUGACAAUUUUGAGGAGUUCUUUGUGUCGGAGCUGCGAAAUCGAACAGCAAAGGAGAAAUGAGAGAAAUCAGCUUUGGAAAAGUGGAGGAAAUGGAUCAUUGGAGCAAAACUUCAGCAUUUGAACCUCUGCCUGUAGGGAGGAGGCACAACAAACGCAAAAUGGAAGACCAAGGUAGUGUUCGAUUUAAUGUACCCUUCCAUCGUCAGUGCAAGUUGGAGAAUGUGUAUGUUUACCCAGUUAGUCGACCAGCCCCUGGAGCUGGCAGAGAAACACACGCAAGUUAUUCGGACCAUGGAGAGGUCUUUAGAAUGAGGAAAACAUCUCACCCUGUUAGUCGACCAUCCCCUGGAGCUUCCUUGAGGCGCACUACAGCUGAAGAAAUUCAUGGAAGUUGUGCUUACCGUGAUGAGGCUGAUAGAAUGAGGACAACAUCGUCCGAUCUUCAAUACAGAACCGCUACUGAAAAUCAAAAAGGAAAAAGUGGUUUGAAUCCCAAACCAGUUCUUGAACAAGAUGGUACUAAUGAUGACAAACAUGAAUGGAGGGUCAUCAGAAAGAGUGAGAAUGCUGUUUCCUCCAAAGCUCCAAAAUCAUGCCAGAUUUUAGAGAAGGAUGAUAAGUGGAUAGAUGAUCGAAGGAAAAUGCUGGAAAAACUUGAAAAAUUUCGUAAGAUAUGCGAUAGCCUAAAAAAUGAAGGAAUUCGAAGGAUUGACUGUGAAGCAGUAAAUUGUUUCAAAAUUCCCACAGAAUCUGUCUUAGGACCAAUUUCUGGUGUUGAGGUUGGUGAUCGAUUUAAUUACAGAAUGGAACUUCGUCUUGUAAAUUUGCAUAAACCUCCACGGGCAGGUAUAGGUUCAAUGGUGGACGUUCCUGGGCGAAGGAUUGCAGUGAGUAUAGUAGAUUCUGGAGUGUAUGAUAAUGUCAGGGAGGACCAAAAGACCUUGAUUUACUGCGGGCAUGGAGGAAAUGAGACAAAUGGGAAUCGAGGAGUCUCUGCCGAAGAUCAAAAGCCUAAGAUGGGAAAUCUGGCAUUAAUGAAUAGUAUCAAAGCCAAAAAUGAUAUAAGGGUGAUAAGGGGAAGCAGAGGGUCGAAUUCACUUGGUUUCAUUUAUGAUGGGCUGUACACCGCGGAGGAAAUGUGGAAAGAGAGGAAUUCAAACGGGAAUCUGAUCUUCAAGUUCAAAUUGGUGAGAAAGCCUGGACAACCAAGUCCCUUUGGUCGGAGAAGUCUCUAAGUUAAACAGAGGUGACAAAAUUUGGAUUCUGCAACAUGAAAUGCAUAUUCAGUGGAAGAUUGUUCGAUAUGUAGAACAUGACUAGAGAAGAAAGGUAAUAUCAGUAGAUUGGAUUUGAUAUGAUCGAUCAUCGGCACUUUUGUCAUGAAUGUAUACAAUCUAGAGAGUUGGCUUUAGACAUGGUACAUUGCGGUUGUCUUUUUUUCUUGUGUUUUUUUGGGGAAAGGUGAUGUAAGACAAAGAGUCAACAGCCUUUGGUCCAGUUUUUUUUACGUCACCGUGCUUUUCAGUUUCUGUAUUCAGUACUUGAUGGGAUGAAUUGUUAAGAAUCUAUCUUUGAGUUACGUGGGAUGGAUUGCUAGCUAGAAUUUGCUCGUAAUACAAUGUGGUGAAGUUUUGAGAAAUUUGUUUGCAUUCCAUAUUGGCUGGAUAAUGAUUGAUUGAGUUGCCAAUACCUCCAUGGUAACAUAGUUUUACUUAACUUAUUGAUGCCUCCUCUAAAUUGUAACACUAAUUAGGAGAAAUGAGAAUUGGCGAGAAACUAGGAUGAAAGACACGGAUAGAGCAUUCUUGCUUCAUCCGUUUAAGAAGAAAUCAUGUAUCUUCAAAAUGUACAAUUCUUUAAUUUCAGUUAACGGAAAU